AUUGAGCAGACAAUGUGCCAAACAUUUGCUUUAAUAGUAUGCAUAGUUAUGCAAAGUACAGUCUUUGGGUGUCCUACUGUGUGUACUUGCUCUGGAUCGCUGACUCAAUGCACCGAUAAUAGUAAAAUAACGACAGUACCGUCUGGAAUUUCAAAAUCAACAACAGAGUUGCAUCUGAAUGACAAUCAAAUUACAGAGAUUAAUGUAAAUGCAUUCCAAGGCAUGGCGGCUCUUAAACGCUUGUACCUAUAUCGCAAUCAAAUAACUGAUCUUAAUGUAAUGAUAUUCCAAGGGCUGGCGGCUCUUAUAUACUUGGAUUUGUCUCAGAAUCCACUGAACUGCAGCAACUGUGAAAUGUCACAACUAAAGUUAUUUCUUCAAAAUCAGACUUAUGGGAAUGCAGGUGCAACGUGUAAUGGGACAAAAAUAACGGUAGUUAACUUUGAUUUCACCGAUUGCACAGCAACAGAAACAAAAACUUUGAAUACUACCAACAGAAACCUUGGUUCCACAUCUGAGGACAACAAAACAGCUGUUAUAGCCGGGACAGUUACUGGCGCUGUUGUAGUUGUAGUGAUUUGUGUAAUCACAUUCUUAGUAAUACGAAAGGUUUGUAGUGCAUCGGACGGAAAAACAGUCGUACAGCCAUCAAUAUAGUAGAUAUAGAGGUAGUGAUGGCAACAAUAAAAUCAUUAUGCGCAAUAAUAAGGACACCCAGGAGAAGCUUUUUUAAAAAGUAUAUGUUAGUAAUAUACUAUAAUGAUUUUCUACGUUUAUUAUUGCUUUACCUUAUUUCAAUUGUAAAACAAAAUAUGCUAACAAUGUUUUAAUUAAUUAAUGCAUGUUUUUUUAUAUAAUCGAAAAUGAUUAUUUUAGUGUAUGCCAACAAAAAUGUCCAUGUCGAUUUAACACGUAGGAGCAAUGUGAGAAUUUUAACGUACAUUGAAAAAUUAAAUUAAAAACUUUAUUCUUUAUUAAGGCACGAAAUGUUAUCCCCUUUAUGAAAAAGUAGACUUCCUUAAACAUUGUUAAAAUGUAUAAGCAGUAAUCAAAUUGAUGUCCAGGAAAUGAUGCAAUUGAAUAUUUUACUAUGGUGUUAGAGUUGUUUUAAAAAUUAGAUAUUUAAAUAACGAUUCGGACAUUGUUUAACACUACUGGGUCAGUUUAAUCUUAUGAUUGUUUAUUUCACUAUUUGAUU